AUGCAUCUUUUCAGUACUUCCCUAUUGGUUAUUUGCUCCGUUAUCGUAGUCGAAACCUGCAUUCCAUUAAAUGCGCAACCAGGAUUGCGAGGACCGCCAGGUAGGGAUGGACGGAAAGGAAGUGAAGGCGAACUAGGAGUUCGAGGUGAAGAAGGUCCACAAGGAGAACCGGGAAUGCAGGGACCACCUGGGAAACAAGGUAAACCAGGUGACAAAGGAAUUCCAGGACCGCCAGGAAUUCGAGGCAAUGAAGGUGAUCAAGGUUCGAUAGGGCCAAUGGGAGCAGGAUAA